UUGAUGCAGGCUCUACAACAGGAGAGGGAGUGAGGGCUGCCCUGUAUGUUCCUACUGUUCUCCCCCCACCAAGCCAUGGGGCCUACUUACUUGCAGGACUUGUGGCCACAGGGCUGGAACACAGCAGAGAUGGGGUGGGCAUAGCAGAUUGGGCAAAGGUCUUCCUCACUGGUGGGCUGCAGGGAGGACAGCAGAGGGUGGGCUGGAGUUGGAUGCCCAGAUACAUGGACAUGCACUGUGCCCAUAAAGGAAUGCACACACAUUCAAGUGGCAUGGACCUGCAUGUAUACUGUGGUCCCACUCACCAGGGAGGCAGCUGCUGCCUGGGCAGAUGCUGAGGUCAGGUGUGCCAGCAUCUGUUCUACCCGGGCCAACUCCUCAGCACUGAUAUAAUCUGUAUCUGGGGAGUGGUAGGGAGUGUCAGGCCAAAUGUGGCCCAAGAACCCAGUGCCUCUUGAAUAUUCCCAGCCUGGGAAUUUGCUGUUCUUGAGGCGCCUGACCGCCCUCCCUACCCCACUCACAGCUCUGUAGGGAGAAGCGCUUCCGGUCAGGGGCUGGCAGGACAGUGCCAGGUGCUGGGGGCUCUGGCUGCCCCAGGAGAUAGCAUAUGGAGCGUAGCUGGAAGCAGGGAUCUGCCAGGAGCACUGAUGUGGCUCUCUCUGUCCUAGGUAGGGGAGAGUGCAAGGUAGUCAGAUGCUUGGGGCCUGUCUGAAAGUAAUCUCUACCAGGGGGAAGGAGUGCCAUGACAGGUGCAUUAUCAUCCUUCACAUCUCCCUGCUUACCAGCCCCCCAACAAGUACUGGAUCUCUGUAAGGUCCCACACAGCCCAGGUACCAGUUUAAGAGGGCUCAGGUAAGCCACCAAAAGACAGUGGUGGUCCACCUGCCCCAUAAUAUAUUAAUCCUUCAUAAUAAUCACUUCAAAUAAACACCAAAAACAUUAACAGCAACUUAGAGACAUUCUUCCCACACUUCCCCUUUUACUCUUCCAAGAGAGAUAAGCUUCCAAGAUAGCUACAGGAAGCUCUGGCUAAGGGCAGGCUGGGACGUUGGGGUCGGACUCCCCUCUGGCGGCCACCAGAGGCCGCUUAGCGCUAGGGGACGCAGCCGCCCCGCCCGCUGAAGCGGGAGCCAAUAAGAGCGCCGGGUCCCGCCCCCUGGGCCAUCCCUUCCUGGCUAGUAUUUAGAAGCCGACCGGGACCGGAGGCUCCGGGAGAGUGCUAGGAAAGUUGGAGGGCGCCUCACAACCUGGGCAUGAGGGAGCAGGAGCAGUCGGCCAUGCGGGGCAGAACCCACAUCGUGCCUCCUUGGCCAUGAGCCGUCCGGCACCACACACGUCGAACCAGAGCAGAAGUGGCUGCCCCCACAAAUGCGUCUGUGCUGCCGACCUGGUGAGCUGCGCAGGCCUUGGGUUGCAGGACGUGCCGGCCGUGUUACCUGCCGCUGCUGCAGACCUCGACCUAAGCCACAAUGCGCUUCAGCGCCUGCGCCCCGGCUGGCUGACGCCCCUUUCCCGGCUGCGCGACCUACGCCUAGGCCACAACGAGCUCCAUGUACUGGGUCGCGGCGUCUUCACCAAUGCCAGCGGCCUGAGGCAACUCGAUCUAUCAUCUAAUGCCUUGCGAGCGCUUGGCCGCCACGACCUCGACGGGCUAGGGGCGCUGGAGAGGCUGUUGCUAUUCAACAACCGCCUGGCGCGCUUGGACGAGCAUGCCUUCCAUGGCCUGAGCGCGCUCAGCCAUCUCUACCUGGGCUGCAACGAACUCGCGUCCUUCUCUUUCGACCACCUGCACGAUCUGGGUGCGACCCACCUGCGUACUCUGGACCUUUCCUCCAACCGGCUGGGACGCAUCUCUGUACCAGAGCUGGCCGCACUGCCAGCCUUCCUCAAGAAUGGCCUCUACUUGCACAACAACCCGCUGCCCUGCGACUGCCGCCUUUACCACCUGCUGCAGCGCUGGCACCAGCGGGGCCUAAGCGCCCUGCGCGACUUCGCGCGCGAGUACACGUGCCUGGCCUUCAAUGUACCCAUGUCCCGCGUGCGCUUCUUCGAGCACAGCCGCGUCUUCGAGAACUGCUCUGUUGCCCCAGCUCUUGGCCUAGAGCGGCCAGAAGAGCAGCUGCACGUGCAGGUGGGUCGGUCCCUGAGACUAUACUGCAACACCAGCGCUCCAGCUGUGCGCAUCGCCUGGGUUUCGCCGGAGAAUGAGCUGCUAGUGGCGCCAGGAUCCCGCGACGGUAGCAUCGCGGUGCUGGCAGACGGCAGUUUGGCCAUAGGUAACGUGCAGCAGCGGCAUGCGGGUGUCUUCGUGUGCCUGGCCACCGGGCCCCGCCUACACCACAACCAGACACACGAGUACAACGUGAGCGUGCACUUCUCGCGCCCCGACCCAGAGGCCUUCAAUACGGGCUUCACCACGCUUCUGGGCUGCGUGGUGGGCCUGGUGCUAGUGCUGCUCUACCUGUUUGCUCCGCCCUGCCGGGGCUGCUGCCGCUGCUGCCGCCGUGCCUGCCGCUGCCGCUGGCCACGAACACCCAGCCCGCUCCAGGAGCUGAGCGCGCAGUCCUCGGUGCUCAGUGCCACACCUCCAGAGGCACCCAGCCGCAAGACCAGUGUCCACAAGCACGUGGUCUUUCUGGAGCCAGGCAGGAGGGGCCUCAAUGGCCGGGUGCAGCUGGCGGUAGCUGAGGACUUCGAUCUCUGCAACCCCGUGGGCCUGCGGCUUAAGGCUGGCUCCGAGUCUGCUAGCUCCACAUGCUCGGAGGGUCUCAUGAUGACCUAGGCUGCCCAGGAGCCCCACUCAGGCCCCCACCCUCCUGCUGCUUGCCCUGCUCCGUGCUGCGGCCCAGAGAACUGCCACAUGCUCGAGGGAAGCGCUGUGUCUGGUCCUCUGGCCUAUAUGGACUUUACCUGAACCACAAUGGCCCUACUUACUGGAAGGUGGUCUGGGGUCCCCAACUUGCUUCCUGCUUUGCCCCAACAAAGGCCCCUGGCCCUUGCAGGCCCUGCUAGUACUGGUUUUCCUUGGGACACCCAGUGCCCAAAUGCCCCGUGAAAAUUGGGGACUGAGGCAGCAUCCAGAGUGGUAUAGAAGAAUUGAAGUGUAACCACCUUCCCCUUCCCAAGGCGCUGGGGAAAGAGUAGGCCCACAGGCGAAAAGGAGGGCUCUGUAGGAAGCUCUAGCCCCCAACCCCAGGACAGGAGGAGGAAACAAGGCUUCCCUCUGGUGAAGGGGACUCCCCCAUGCACCAACACCCAACCUACUGAAAGCUUCACAACUUCAUGCAGAGUCUGGGAGGCAGGUAUAUGGCAGGCAAUGCUGCUUGAGAGACCCCUGGGGAGCCUGGCCUGAGCCCCAGCCAGAGUAGCCCUGCUCUCUGGCCAGGGGCAUCUAGUCGUAGUCGUCACUCUGAAGGCAGAGCCCAUUCCAUGGCUUACGGACAGCAGCGAAGGCCAUCAUGGCUAGCGCCCCCAACUUUGCAGCAGUAAAAAGCCUGGUGAGCGCGGCCAAGCUGGGAGGAACGAGCCGGAACUCCAUGUCCCUUGCGGGCAGGAGCCUCUUAAGGGCUGGCACUGGUCUCAGCCUAAUGGCUGAGGCGGUGCCCUGGCUUUAUAUGCAUCUCACCACUCCCAAUGCAGGGAGGCAGGGAAGAGAGGUCUGAGAACCCCUCACGGGUCGGGGCUGAGCUGGGGGGCCCAGCUGGCUCAGCUGUUACAGAGUUUCUCAAUAAAGGCGGUACAUGCUUGCUGCUGAA